AGUGUGUUACCUGCUCUCCAGCACGUGACUUGCCCAUUGCCCGAGAAUUGGUUGUGGGAGUGUUUUUGCUCGCGUCUGGCUUUGUCCUGUGUGUAUGUGUGCGUGCGUGUGUGUGUAUACAUAUAUAUACCUGUGUUCCUCUCUUGUCAGGAAGGUAAAAUAAAGCACUGUUGCGCGGUUCCUCGUGGACGCUUGUCACGGGGGACGGGGUCGAUCGGAUUUGCCCGCGGAUACAGAUUAACCGGUGUUCGCCCUCACCUGGAGCCACACGGUCGCAGAGUUGGUGCUGUCCGCCCGCCAUGCUGAGACCCUGGCUGCUGCUGGUAUUUGGGGCAGGGGCUGUGGGUGCAAACCCCCGACCGCUGAUCUCAGUGGAGAGGAGCUCAUCUUCAGUGUUUGUGGAGGAGAACCAGGCGAAGAGUUUCCUGCAACGAAAGCUUCUCUACAAUAACUGGGACUUUGAGCUCUUCAUUCCUUGUAACCUGGAGCGGGAAUGUCAGGAGGAAGUCUGCAACUUCGAGGAAGCGAACGAAUGCUUCGAGAAUGUCGAAUUGACGAACGAAUACGUGAAGGCCAACAACCACGAGUCGGAGUCUCCGGCCUUUGACGUGGCCGGGCUGGUGGCCGGGCUCAUCGGGGCCUUUGUCCUGCUCAUCCUGAUGACCCUGGUCGUCAUUUACUUCUGCAAGCAACGCGGAAAGCGGUCAGUGAGGCCGCCUGUCUACAUGGAGCACAGCCCUCCCCCAGUGAACCAGCCAGUGGCCUCGAGGCCUGAAGAGGUGCCACUGACUACCCUGGAGAGCGUCGCGCCCGGUUUGCCCUCAUACGAGGAGGCCUUGGAGAGAUCAGGCCAACACGAUGCCAUGCCCCCACCUUACCGUGGUGGAUCUCAACGAGUAUAGCAGCGCCGCUGAACACAAGGGACCCCGACAGCUAUUUUUGUCCACCUUUUUUUUGUUGGAAGCC